UAUUUGCUCAGCGACACAAUAAACACCUGUAAAUGUAACUUCUUUCUCCUCUCACUUUCCUUCUCUUUACAAUAUCUGAAUCUGCAUUUUCUGUCAACAUACAUUAAUCCUCCAUCUUCAACCUCAAUAAUACAUUUAUUCUCUCUCUUUCUGGGUCUGGCAAUUUGCCAUGGAUUUUGGCAUCUGUUCUGCUACAAAGCUUAUUCUCACUGCCCAUCUGCUCCUUCUUGCGGGAUUCUCCAUUGCAUUGCCGGAAUAUUCCAUUUCCAAUUCUAACUCAACCCAAAUCAACUCGAACUCCGUCUUAGUUGCUCUUCUUGACUCACAUUAUACAGAGCUCGCCGAGUUGGUUGAAAAGGCCCUUCUCCUUCAAACCCUCGAACAGGCUGUUGGCCGCCACAACGUCACCAUCUUCGCCCCAAAAAAUGAAGCCCUUGAGCGUCACUUAGACCCUGAGUUCAAGCGCUUCUUGCUUGAACCUGGUAACCUCAAGUCUUUACAGGAAUUAAUUCUCUUUCAUAUAAUUCCAACUCGGAUUAACUCGGACCAGUGGCCAACUCACUCCUUGUCAACCCAUCAUAACACGCUCUCCAGUGAUCAUCUUCACUUAACGCGGGAACAAAAAUCUGGAGAAAGAAUUGUAGGUCAUGCUAAAGUGAUCCAUCCCGACUCCGUCAUCCGACCCGAUGGUAUAAUCCAUGGGAUCGAACGGCUAUUGAUUCCCCAAUCAGUAGAAAACGAUUUCAACCGCCGUCGAACUCUCCGUUCGAUUACUGCCGUUAAGCCUGAAGGAGCUCCGGAAGUUGACCCAAGAACAAACCGUCUUAAAAAACCUGCUCCACCGGCUAAACCCGGUUCUCCUCCGGCUCUACCCAUUUUCGAUGCGUUGGCUCCAGGACCUUCAUUGGCUCCAGCACCGGCACCGGGACCCGGUGGACCUCACCACCACUUCAACGGAGAGGCACAAGUGAAAGAUUUCAUAGCAACGUUGUUACAGUAUGGGGGGUACAACGAGUUCGCUGAUAUAAUGGUGAACUUAACCUCACUAGCCACCGAAAUGGGGCGGCUAGUUUCUGAAGGAUAUGUAUUGACGGUUCUGGCGCCGAACGACGAGGCCAUGGCAAAGCUAACGGCAGAGCAGUUAAGUGAGCCUGGAGCACCGGAGCAGAUAAUGUAUUAUCACUUGAUACCGGAGUACCAGACGGAGGAGAGUAUGUAUAAUGCAGUGAGGAGAUUUGGGAAGGUGAAUUAUGAGACGUUGAGAGUGCCACAUAAGGUGGUGGCUCAGGAGGCUGAUGGGUCGGUGAGGUUUGGGAGCGGUGAUGGGACGGCGUAUUUGUUUGAUCCGGAUAUAUAUACAGAUGGGAGGAUUUCAGUGCAGGGUGUUGAUGGGGUUUUGUUUCCGGCAGAGGAGAUGAAGCCAGUGGAGAAGGAAGUUAAAGUUGCCAAGGUUGUGACAAAAACUAGAAGAGGAAAAUUGCUGGCAGUAGCUUGCAAGAUGUUGGGGGCUCUAGGACAGGAUUCUCGAUUUUCCAGUUGCCACUGAUAUAUAAGCCACUAUCACAGGACUGUCAGGCUUCAUUAAAGAAAGUGACCAAGGUUCCAAAUUCUUGCUCUUUUCUGUUAAUCUCCAUCCUGACUUCCCCUCCUACUCUUUCCAAAUUAUCAUCUCGUUAACGUGCUUGGACGAUUGAUAUCUAGUGUCAAUAAUCCGGUUGAUCCCGAUUCUUGUCCUCAUCUUGUUCUAUUAGUUAAGCUUGUCCAUCUAAAGUAGCAAUUAAAUUCUUUUCCUGCAUCCAAUGCCAGAUUUUGGUUGAUGUUCAUCUAUGUUGUAUUGGGAUUUAGCAGUUCUAAUUCUGCUAGCUACGAGAAAGAUCAAUUGUAAUGCCCUCAACAAACUAAUAAAGAUUAUUUCCUUCGUGAUGCAGAUGCCCCAGAACGAUGGGAUCAUGAAAAUGUAAAAACUCGUGGAAUGGUAUCCCUCAGGAGAGACUAGAAGGAUUGCCAAUCAUUAUUUUUUGUUCACAUUUCUUUUCUUUUCUUUUUUUCUUUCCCUUUUAUGGUGUUUGAGGUUUUUGGUUGGUUUUGGAUCAAGGAAGAGAGAGCAGAGUCCUCCUGUAAUUAUAAAAACACAAUAAAGUACAUAAAAUGUAUCUUAAUUUCAAAUUAGUUGAUUUAGGUGCUUGUGGUGGUGGAAUUAAGCCUGGUGCAAGCCGAAGAUGGAAGAAGUCACGAGGUUUAUUGCACAUUAUUUUAUCUAUGGAAUAAAACUGUGGUAAAACUAGAUUUGGAAUACAAUAAAAAUGAUUCUCUUGUGGGAUUA